CCGGAAUCCAAAGCUGAGCCGGAAAUGGCCCUUGCGAGGGUAGUGGAGGGUCCCCAGGAGGAUUUAUCAUUCACAAACUUUGGUCAGAUGGAAGAGGAGACUGCAAGGAAGAGGAAGAUGCUCUGGGACACCCAGGCAGGGAAUGACCUGCACACAGAGACCAGAGAAGACAAAUCCCCAUGUCAGAACCUUGUGGAAGAGGCUGUUUUAAGCAGCUCCACAGCACAGGAAGCCAACAAGGAGGAAAAGCCCCAGAGAUCCCCCAUGAGGCGCAGCUUCAAACCCAGCCCAGGGAGCUCUGAGGAGGAAAGACCCACCCUGUGCCAGGAAGACAGCCAGAGCUUCAGCCAGAGCUCAGAGCUAGUGAUCCAUGAGCAGCUUCAUGACAGGGAGAAGCCCCACAAGUGCUUGGAAUGUGGAAAAAGCUUCAGCUGGAGCUCCCACCUGAUCCGCCACCAGAAGAUCCACACUGGGGAACGGCCCUACACAUGUGGGGAAUGUGGUAAGAGUUUCAGACAGAGCUCUGACCUGGUGGUCCACCAGCGCCUUCACACAGGGGAACGCCCCUACAGGUGCUUGGAAUGUAAAAAGAGUUUCAGCAAGAGGUCCAGCCUCACAUACCACCAGCGCUUCCACACUGGAGAACGGCCACAUGUUUGCUUGGAAUGUGGGAAGGGCUUUAUCCAGAGCUCCCAUCUCAUCAGCCACCGCCGGCUGCACACUGGGGAACGGCCAUACAACUGCUUGGAAUGUGGGAAGAGUUUCAACCGCAGCUUCAGCCUUGUCAUCCACCAGCGUGUCCACACUGGGGAACGGCCCUACGAGUGUCACGAAUGUGGGAAGAGGUUUCAGACCAGCUCCGAUCUCUUCAUGCAUCAGCGGAUGCACACAGAGGAGAGGCCCUUCCGCUGCACUGAUUGUAGGAAGGGCUUCAUCCGUAGCUCUGACCUAGUCAAGCACUGGCGCGUCCACACUGGGGAGAGGCCCUACAGGUGCUUGAAGUGUGGGAAGAGCUUCACCCAGAGUUCUGCCUUGACCUCGCACCAGCGGACCCACUGGGGUGAGAAGUCCCACAAAUGCUUGGAAUGUGGGAAGAGCUUCAGCCGGAGCUUCCACCUCCUCCGCCACCAGAUGAUCCACACAGGGGAACGCCCCUAUGAGUGCUUGGAAUGCGGGAAGAGCUUUAGCCGGAGUUCCUGUCUGAUCCGCCAUCAGGUAAUUCACACGGGGGAACGGCCCUACAAGUGCAAGGAAUGUGGGAAAGGCUUCAGUGACCGCUCCAACCUCCUCACCCACCAGCGCCUGCACGCCAGGGAACGGCCCUUUGUGUGUGGGGAGUGUGGGAAGAGCUUCAGCAUCAGCUCUGACCUGAUCCAGCACCAGAAGAUCCACAGUGGAGAACGGCCCUACGAGUGUCCUGAGUGUGCAAAGAGGUUUCGGACCAGCUCCCAUCUCCUCCUGCAUCAGCGCAUUCACACAGAGGAGAGGCCCUUCCGCUGCCCUGACUGCAGGAAGGGCUUCAAACGCAAUUCCCACCUCACCCUGCACCAGCGCAUCCACACUGGGGAGAGGCCUUACAAGUGUGGGGAGUGUGGGAAGAGCUUCUCCUCCAGCUCUGGCUUGACCCAACACCAACAGUCCCACUUGUAAGGGAAGCCCUGGUGUGGAGGCCCAGGGGCCUACCAUUGGAGCUGUAAUACCUUGGCCCUGGAAGGGCAGAGGUGCCCAGGAUCAAAGAUACCUCUUCGAAUACAACAGUCUCACCCAUAGGCAUUUGCAGGCUCAUGUUAAUGCAACAGGUUUUAUUGGUAUCACCCAGUUCAGCUGCUGUUUUUUUCCUUAUAGGUACUCCCCCUAGAAUGUUCUCCCCUCUCUUGUCCCCUAUUGGUCCCAGUUUACUGCAGUGCUCUGCCUCUGUUACCUCAUUGGUUCCCCAGUUGGCUGCCCCUACCUCUGCGUCACUUGUACUCAGUUCCCAUUGGCCCUCGACCCUCGGAUCCACCUCUUUCCCCCCAUAUGAAACCUUGUGUUCUCAGCCCCAUUUUGUCUCUGUCCCUGGACCCUCUUCAUCACAAUAAACCACGUUUGGAGUUCCACACAAAGACCUGUCUCUGGCCUUGUUCAUCAGCAGGUUAAGCAAGCCUGCUCUGGGAAUGCAGGUCGCUCACAGAGGCUCAUUGUGGACACGCUGCAACACCCUGCAAAUGCCCCGACUUUGGGAAGAGCUUUGUCUGCUUCUCCAACUUCAUCACCCAUCAGAGAACCCACAUUGGAUGAUUCACAGUGACCCUCACUGGGCCAAGACCCGUGAUCCAUGUUCCAGGUGGCCCGUGUACUGGGUUUGUGUGGCCAGGUUUUGGAAGUAGGGGGCUACAGGGGUGGAUUUUCUGAGAAGCUGUCAAAAAUUUCCCCGUGUCCAGCAAAGCCAGCACCAGUUCCUGGAUGGACCCACAACUCGCCAACACCAAGCCCAUCGGAGAUCGCAGUGACACCUCAGGGAUAAUGGAUUCAAGAAAGGAAAAGUUCCUGUGCAGAGUGGAAACAUGUGAAAGGAACAGCUCUGCAGACACCCAGGGCAGUGCAGGAGGGGCAGGAGUGCUCCAAGUGCCAGAGCUGAGAUUCUCCUGCAGGAGGAGCCCACACUGGAACAGGGUGAUGCCCGAAAAGAAGGAUGUGAGCCCUUGGGAAGCCCGUGCUGGAGUAGCCUCCAUGCAGGACCCUGUGGAUCCCUGGGCAGAGGAGCCCAAGCUGGAGCAGCUUUGCUGGAAGGACCUGAGGCCCUGUGGGGACCCACCCUGGGGCAGGGGAAGGGCUCCCAACUUUUCUCCCUGGGCAGCAGCAACAGGAACAAGGUGCUAUGAACUGACUGUGACCCCAAUUCCCAGCUCCCUGUGCUGCCGGAGGGAGGAGGGAGCACCUGGGAAAGGGGAAAGGCUGGGGGAAGGAGUUUUUAAGUUUUAUUUUCCUUCUCAUUAUCCUGCUCUGUUUUGGUUGGUAAUAAAUUGAGGUCCUUUCCCCAGGGUGAGUUUGUUUUGCCUGUGACAAUGUUUGGGGAGCAAUCCCUCCUGGUCCUUGUCUCAAUUCCUGGGCCUUUCGUUUUAUUUUCUCUCCCCUGUCUAGGUGCAGAGUGCAGGGACAGAGCGGUUUUGGUGGCACCUUGCAUCCAGACAGGGUCAGCCCGCCAGAGGGGGUUAGAAGUGACCUGUGAGGGUUCCCCGUUUGCUGGACAUCCCCCCUGGAGCAAGGUAUCCCCCCUUGCUGCAGCCCAGUCCCUCGGGCAGCGCUCAGCCGAGCAAAGCACUUGCUGCUGGUGAUUUGGCAGUGUCCAGUAGACUCACAGCACUCACCCUCCUCACCUGGACUCCAGCUGUGACCCCCCACCCCCAGUGCGCCCCGCCAGGGGAAUUUGGGAAGGGAAUAUGUGGAGGGCGCCAAGGCCGGGCCCCCCCUGCCCGGGCAUGGCUGAUGCCGCCCACCCACGCUCUGAACUGCUCCAGACUGGUGCUCGCAGCGCCACACGGCUGCUCUGGGGCCGUCAGCACCUGCUGCCGACAUGCUGGCCAUGGGGCGUGUGGCGGCAGCUGGGGCUGGACUGGUGGCACUGGUGUUGCUGGGAGCGCCCCUGGUUGAGCAGGGAAGCAGGGGAGGGAACUGAGACGUGUGUCCUGGCUUGUAAGAUAAGCAUAUAUUCUAUUUGCCAUCUGUCGGAGGUGGGGCAGGUAUCUUCUGUUGGGCAGCUUUCUUAUCUCUUUCAAGAACAAUGUCUCCUUCCGGGGAGAUACCUUCUGUUAAUGGGCCAUUGAAUGGCUCACUGCAUGACUGAUAAAGUUAUAUCAUCCCAUUGUGAGAUGCUCCACCCAGAAGGAGGAGCCAAGCUGCAUAAAAUCAGCAUUUCUUGAGACAGCAGCUCAGCCUCUUCACUGGAUUCCCAGAGGAAGACCAGGCCCAUCUACUCUAUCACCAGACCUUCAGAGAAAAUUACACCCUUCUAUUGGACCAUCACUUCAGCAGCAUUUCAUCUGCCACUCUAGGAACAGGAGGAGCAGCCACCAUUUAACUGGACUAUCACUAACACCCUGACUCCUCAGGGUGUCAGGUUUCUGACUCUAUCAGUAGUUUUGUUUGUACUAAUUACAUAUUUUUUAAAAUUUAGUUUUUUCUAGUAAAGAACUGUUAUUCCCAUUCCCAUAUCUUUGCCUGAGAGCCUUUUUAUUUUGAAAUUGUGGUCAUUUGGAGGGAGGGGAUGGACUUGGGGGAUGUCCUUCCCCUUCCUUCUUGCAUGGAGGCAAAUCCCCUCCCUCCCUCCCUCCCUCCCUCCUUCCCCAGGCACUGACAGAGACCAGGGAGGACAAAUCCCUACAUCACAACCUCAUGGAAGAGGCCGUUUUGAGUGACUCCACAGCACAGGAAUACAAUGGGAAGGAAAAGCUACAAAGGUAUCCUGUGAGGAGGGUCUCCAAACACAGCCCACGGUGCUCCGAGGAGGAAAGACAUAUACUGUGUCAGGAAGACAGCCAAAGCUUCAUCCAGAGCUCUGACCCUUGAGGUGGUCCUUGAGUGGUUUCACAUUGAGGAGAUGUGCUACAGGUGCUUGGAAUGUGGGAAGAGCUUCAGAUGGAGCUGCUACCUGAUCCGGCACCAGAAGAUUCACACAGGGGAACGGCCCUAGAAGUGCUUGGAAUGUGAGAAGAGCUUUAGCCGGAGCUCCUGUCUGAUCCACCAUCAGGUAAUUCACACGGGAGAACGGUCCUACAGGUAUAGGGAAUGUGUGAGGAGCUUCAGUGACCACUCUAACCUCAUCAGCCACCAGCGCCUGCACUUCAGGGAAUGGGUCUACAAGUGUGGGAAGUGCAGGAAGAACUUCAGCCAGAGCUCCCACCUGAUUCACCACCAGAAUAUCCACACUGGGGAAGAGCCCUUGGAGUGUCCUGACUGUGGGAAAAGCUUCACUCAGAGCUCUACCUUGACCUUACACCAAUGGAUUCACUGCAAAGGGAACCCCUGUGAGUGCCCCAAGUGUGGUAAGGGCUUCAAACGCUGUUCCAACUCCAUUACCCAUUGGAGGACCAAAGUUGGAUGAUCCACAGUGAGCCCCAUCGGGCAGAGACUUAGAGACCCGUGUUCCUGGUAACCCAUGUUGGGCAAUGUAUUGCAUUUGUGUGACCAGGUUUUAGAAACGGGUGCUCCAGGGGUGGCUUCUGUGAGGAGCUUCCAGAAGCUUUCCCCCACAUCCAGCUCCUGUUCUGAUGCAUGCCUGAAGGCGAGGGUAACCCAGGUUAUGGUUCUUGGAUCCCCUGGCACAGAUUAAAGUGAAACAACAGUGACUGAUCUAUGUUUAUAAAUAUAUCUCUGUUGGGUUUA